CUUGGUGAUUUUAUGCAUCCCCGUCAAUUUGCAGUGAUUGACAAGUCGCGAAGAGUGUACAAAACCUUCAGACUCGACACAGUCUUCAUUAGUUUCUCUGACUGCGCUCUUAGAAAUACAACUCUCGCUAUAGUUUUGUUAUUAUUUACACGAUUUUCUUCAAUCAUGAAAAAUUAUUUUAUUCUGUCAAGUAUUUUUUUAUCUUUGUUAAUAACCGAUAUUUAUCCUCAAAAUAUUUCAUCAAUCGUUGGUAAUGACUAUGUUCUCCGUAGCUGCGUAUCAACCGUUAAGUUGAUAAGAAAUCAUCGGAAAACAGUACCACGUGUUGAUACUCUUGAAAAUACAGGAAAAAGCAUUACAACAGAUAAUAGUCCAAAUGUCAAUUUAAUAAUGAACAGUAGGCAGCAAUUGAAUUACAAUUCUCGGGUUGAGAGAGAUCGUAAAAAUCGCUUACGAGGAAAAAUUACAACAGACAGCCCAGUCAAGACUGUUAAUAUUAUGAGACAAAGAAAAUCAGAGCCUUUGUUGUUUAGGAAAAAAAAUGGAUUUCCUGAAGUAUUUCAACGGGCUGAGCAACGACGCACCAAGAUAAAAAGUGAAAUUAUAACAAUAAAACCUGUUAAUUAG